UGGGAUCAGGGGCGCAUGGUGAGUUUCAGCUUUGGAUUGUAGAGGGUCCAUUUUAUGUGUCUGUAUUCCCUUAAGCACAAAAUCCAAAUUCAUAUGCUAUCACCCAGAUCUUUUGGCAGCACGAUUUUGAUCAAAUGCAUCAGUGUUGGACCAGAUGAACAUGAGUCGUCCACCUUCGUCGUUUCUUCAGCUCAAGGAGAAUGACACAGGGCUGAUUAAAUGUCAAAAUGUGAUAAUUCUCUCUGCUACAAAUGAUGAUGAGCUGGAAAAACAGUGGAGCUGUUUGCUUGAACUGUCCAACACAAACAAGAUUCUGGUGCCAAUGGCACCAUUUGUCACGAAGCAAUUGCAAACUACACUUUCUGAUAUAGAAAUUGCACAACCUUUGUCAAAAAUAUGCAGUGAAUUUCCAGAUGUUUGCAUAGGGUGCUAUCGUACGUCAAGGACUGGGCAAUGCAUAAUUACUUUCAACGGGAAGGAUGAAGAACGAACUGAUUCAGCUGUUGAGAAACUGUGCCAUUUGUUUCAUCCAUCAGCUUUCUAUGAAAUAAUGAAAUGACCUGUGGAUGAGUCUUUGCUUAUCCUUGUGAUUGUUUUGACAAACUCAAGUACCUCAGAAGACGGAUCCAUGAAAGGGUAACCGUGGUCUCUGUUGUACCGCUUCAUUUUUACCCGUUCAAGUUCAGUUUUUCAUAUUCAAUAUGGAUGCAUCAGGCGACAUCAGUUCUUCAGUAGUGCCUGCAAGACAUUCUGAAGAGGAAGUGUUUCAACAUAAGCCCGACGUUUGGUUUCAGAAAUUAAUGGUAAUUCACAUAGCUGCUUUACCCCGAGGGAAGAGUAGGAGCAAGAAACCAAGAUUCUCAAGACAAAGAUGAUGGCUGAAGAGCCACGGUAUACUUGUACAAACACUAAUUUCUGGGAAUUGAUGGUUAAAAACAGUAUUUAUGAGA